CCUUCGCGUAUUAUUAGCUUUAACACUACUCUUUUGUGAUAUGAAACAGUUCCACAAUUCCAAUUUUUGUGCAAUAAACUGCACAGUUUGAGGUAAAGUGGAAUGUCUCCUCCACGUGCAUGAUCCUUAACCCCACGACUCGUGCUCUCCUUCUGAUUGGCCAAGCGAUUGAAUGCGUUACGUCAUCUAAUCACACAUUCAGGGUUCGGGUGACGUUUUGAAUCAACCGUAGCGAAGUCCGAAGUUUACAACAAGCCACAGUCGAAGAAAAUCGUGUCUGUACGAUUUGGCAAUCACCCUUUAAAUUUUUUUCCGAUUUCAUCUCAUUCCCUUUUUACCUCAUAAGACCUCCUUUCAGCAAGGGGAGUGAUUGGGUCGCCGUUAAGAAGAGAAGUAACACUCGUGGCUCGUGACGAUUCGAUGCAACUUGGCGAAGUCCGCACUGCGAAGGCAGGCGAUUUUGAGCAUUUUCGUCGACUGGCAGACAGCGUCGAAGGCUGGAAUUUACAGUAUGAUAAACAGGGAACGAAGGUGUACUCCAAAGUCAAAGAGGGCUCUACGGUUAGGCUCAUAAAGGUGGUCACCAGCUUCCAAGAUGUGUCACUCUCAUUAAUGUAUGAUGUUCUUCAUGAUGCAGACUACAGGAGAAUUUGGGAUGAUAAUAUGCUAGAGUGUUAUGAAAUUUGUCAACUGGACAGAUAUAAUGACAUAGGUUACUACUCAAUUAAAUGCCCAUCUCCAAUGAAAAACAGAGAUUUUGUAACUCAGAGGUCUUGGUAUUGGGAAGAAGAUCACUUCAUUAUUUUUAAUCACACAGUGCAUCACAAGGAUGUACCUUCAAAGAAAGGCUUAAUCCGUGGUAAUUCAAUUCUUAGUGGAUAUUAUGUACGUAGAAUAGGAGAUGGUUGUUCUCUUACAUACGUCUCGCAAGUGGAUCUGAAAGGGAUCUUACCCAAGUGGAUAGUUAACAGGGCAUCAACAAAGAUUGCUCCAAAGGUUGUAACCAAGGUUCACAAAGCUGCUCUAGGUUAUCAAGCAUGGAAAUCUAUACAUGCACCAAGCUACAAACCAUGGCUUUGGCCAGAGCAAAGCAUUCUCCCUAAGCUCCGUCCAGAUGAUGUGCAGUCUGUCGGCAGUGAGUCACCAAGUGCAUCUGACCAGGAGCAAGAGGUUAUAGGUGAUGACCCAAAUGGCUAUGCUUCCAGUGAUGAUGACAACAUAAUGCUUUGACAGUGGAAUUGAAAUUCAAAAUUCAAUUGUCAAAUAAUAUAAGAUUACAAAGCCACUGACUUUCAUGCAGUGAACAUUAUUUUUGCUUAGCGGUGUAAAUCUUAAUGGAAAAAAUUUGGAAAAAAUCUUAUAAAAGAACUUGUAUAAAAGUGUAGCUAGAGAAUAAAGCUUAGUAAUUCAGUACAAAAUUUUCCACAAUUUGGAAAGCAUAGUUUUAAUGUAGAGGUUCAGAUGAUUGUGAAUAUUCAUUGAAGCAAAGGAGUUUUUGCAGGUAGGAAGAACUCUUGCCCUGGCCCCAUCAGUAAAGAUGUGUAAAAUAUACAAAUAUACAAACUAGGGAAUUUUUUGUGGUAGGUAUUAAGUGGUUCUAACCAUGGUGUGUUAGUCUCUUAGUUUAUAGCUUCAGUGUAUUAUUUAGCAGUUUAUCAACAUUCAAAUUCUAUGUGUGUUUUCAUGCAUUUCUUGCAGAGCUGUUCAUUUACAAUAAAUUAUUUUCAUUGUGCACACUCUACGGUCCAUAUUUAAUCACUUGCCACCAUCUUUUUUUCUUUUUUCAAAUUCUAAGUUUAGAAUUGUCGUUUUGGGAUUUAUGAGUCAUGCAAAAGUGUGCCCAAGGCACAUUAAUGUAAAUAAGGUUACAUGAAUGUCCAUGUGGUAAAUGAACCUACUGAUAGUGGUCCCUAAACUUAACACAUAGAUCCAUGUUGUUCGUUAAGGCUUUAUAAUUAUUGAUCUGAAAUUUAGACCAACCUGUUACUCUUUCUUAUGAAAAGAAGUGUUGAACAUUAUCUUGUACCAUUCAACUGCUUUUAUUUAUAUGUAGGACAGUUGCACUUAAACUUUACAAUCUCAUUGCCAAUUCAGUAACAAUUUUAUAAUUAUUUAUUGGUAAAUGUUGUCAUAAUAGUGGGUUUGAAAUAUAUACCAUCAAAAUUGG